AUGAAUGUUAUUGCUUGGAACGUCCGGGGUCUGACGGACGAGUCUAAGCGCCUCCUUUGGGAGCAUUGUCGUACUUUCUCUCCUAUUGUUUUUGGUAUUAUUAAGCCGAAGUCGAAUCUCAGAAAUUCUAACCACAAUUAUUGGUCUUCUCUUAAUUUGAUCCCUGCUUUUCAGAAUGAGCGGCAGGACAGGUGUUCGAACAUUUGGGUUUUACAUCAUCCUGAUGUGGCGUUCAGAUUGGUUUUUUCUUCGGAGCAGACGGUCAUUGCAGAUUGUCAUUGGAACUCUUUUGAUUUCCGGGUGGCGAUUGUUCACGGUGCCUCUACUCAUACCGAGAGGAGGUCUUUGUGGGCUGAUCUCAUUAACUUUACUGCUGACAGUAUGGUGAUUUUAGGGGAUUUUAAUGCUGUUAAAGGUGCCCACGAGAGGAUCAGUAGUUGUAUGCCUAGUCAGACUUCUUGCAGAGAGUUCUGUGACUUUAUUGAUGACACUGGUUUUAUUGAGUCGGCUACUUCUGGGCUUCGGUUUACUUGGUCUGGUCGAUGCUUUAUACCUCAACAUGUGGAGUCUUUUCUUGACCGUGCUUUAUACUCGGAAUUGUUCUUUUCUUUGUGGCAUUCUGUUCAUACUCUGAACUUGGCUAGAUUGACUUCUGAUCACUCUCCGAUUGUGUUUCAGUGCAGUUUACCGCCCCAGACCAGACAUAGAUUUUUUAGAUUUUUAAACAUGUGGGCGAUGCAUCCGAAUUUUCAUGCUUUAGUGGAGGAUUCUUGGAGACAAGAUACUGGGGCCCUGUGUCCGAUUUAUAAGGUUAUGUUUAAGCUUAAACGGCUUAAGAAGGAGCUGAAGAGUUGGAACAAGAACGUGUUUGGUAACGUUGAUGCGCUGGUGGACGACACUCAAAGGGAUUUGAUGGAUAUCCAGACGAGUAUUUCGCUUCAUGGUUAUACGGAUGAGAUGUUUGACAAGGAGCAAAAAAGCCGCAUUUCGUGGCUUACGGAUGGGGACAGGAACACUGUUUUUUUUCAUGUUACGCUCCGCUAUAAGCACAAGCCCAGGGAGAUAUCACAGCUUAUGAUUGAUGGGGCCAGAGAUUCGAACGAGGACAGAAUCGGUGGGCAUAUUGUGGAUUAUUUCACCACUCUUUUUACUGAGGAUAGUGGCUCUGAUGUUGGUAUUGAGGCGAUUGAGGCUGUUAUUGACCCUGUUAUUUCUGAUGAUCAUAAUGCGGUUCUUUCGGCUUCUCCUUCGGACGAGGAGAUUACAGCUGCUGUUUUUAGCAUGGAUGCUGAUAGCUCGCCUGGGCCUGAUGGUUUUUCUGGGAAGUUUUAUCAGGCUUGUUGGGCUAUUAUUAAGCAUGAUGUUUGGGCGGCGGUUCGUACUUUUUUUCUAAGGUCUUAUCUUCCGUCGGGAUGCAAUUUCAGCACUCUCAUUCUCAUUUCGAAGAAAGAGAAUGUCAUUUCUGUUUCUGACCUUAGGCCUAUUGUUCUUUCCAAUUUCAUGUUCAAGAUCAUUUCGAAGGUGUUGGCUACAAGGAUCAGCGGGAUUGCAGCGCUUUAUGUUUCUCAGAAUCAGUUUGGGUUUAUUAGUGGUCGUUCGAUUCAUGAUUGCAUUCUGUUGGGAUCUGAAGGUUUUAACUGUUUGAAACGUACGGGCAGAGGGCAGAAUAUGGCCUGCAAGAUUGACAUUCGCAAAGCCUUUGAUACUCUUCGUUGGGAUUUUCUGUUGAAUGUCCUUAAGGUUAUGGGGUUUGAUGUGCGCUUUAUUGAUUGGAUCAAGAUCAUUCUUACUUCUGCCCGGCUCUCCAUUCUUUAUAAUGGGAAGCUUUAUGGUUACUUUGGUUGUUCGCGCGGUGUGAGGCAGGGGGACCCUCUCUCUCCUAUUCUUUUUGGGAUUGCUGAGGAUGUUCUAAGUGCUCUUUUUCGCAACUGUGUUACCUCUGGCCAUCUUACUCCCAUGUCUAUGACUCGGUCGCAGCCUUUUCCCACACAUCUUCUUUACGCGGAUGAUAUUCUGGUCUUCUGUAAAGCCUCUGUUCGGAAUGCGAGGACGAUUAAGAAGAUUCUUGACUACUACAGUUGGAUUUCUGGGCAAACUUGUAGCAGUGAAAAGUCUCAUAUCUACUUUUCUGCUAAGGUUCAUGCUGUGACUUAG